AUGGAGCCCGGCAUGGUGCGUCAGCCCGGGCUGCUGGGGGCCGGUCUGCGGAGACCUUCCUCAGCGCACGCCGCCGGCAGGGGGGGCCUCGUUGCGAUGGGUAGACCGGGCCCCCCGCCUCGCAAGGCGGCGGUGGUGGGGAGUGCAGGAGUGCGGGUCGUGAACUGCAGAGAUGCACGGCAGCAGCCCGCCGCUGUCGUGGUGUCUGCGCGUGCCUGGGGCGAUCUACAGCGCUCCGCUCAAGAGGUAAUACAAGAGAGCGAAGUAGAGCGAGCGCGUCGGGUAGCGGCGGCCGCGGCUGAGCGCGAGCAGCAGCAACGGCGGCGUCAGGCGAGGUGGCCGCUACGCUCGCACAGCGCACCUCCUGCUCGUACCAACGUGCUGCUGACAGACGUACAGAUGCAGCAGCGCCUGCAGCAGAGAGACGAGGUACGACAACUGCAGCGACAGGUGCUUGCUCUCAAGUGCACUGCCAUACGCGAGGCGCAGAUGCGCGAGAAGAAUAAUAACAGACAGACGGAGCGAGACCAAGAAGCGCGCCUCGAAGAAGCAGUCGAACAGCAUCGCAGGAAAGCCGCACAAGAAGAUCAGCGCCGUAUGGAGGUUGCUAAAAAGACCAGACAGGUGGCGGCACGCAGCCUGCAGCUUCAGAUCGAGGCGCGCAGUCUACAAAAAAAGCAAGAGACGCAAGAAAAACAAAAUGAAGCCAUGCUUGCACAAAGACGAGACGAGAGACUCAGGGACGAGCAGGAGCAGGAUUUACGACGUCGUGAGCUGAGCAGGCGACGUCAGCUGCUCGAUAUUCGCCGUCAGGUCGACGAUGUCAGAGUCAGGCAGAGACUGGAGAGCGCGCGAGACGCCAGCGAGGAGAGCAAGGCAAUACGAGUUGCAGAAGAGAAGAGGGUAGCUGCAGAACGUGCUUCACAGGAGGCUGCAGAGCUGCGCAGACUGCGAGACGAGCAGCAGCACCAGCUUGUGAGAAGCGUCGAGCAGCAGCAGCAGCACCGAGCAAUGAAGCAACAACUGCAACAACAGAGGGAGCUUGAAUUGGUGGAGCGCGAGUGGCGAGCUCGGCUGCUGAAGGAGGCGCAGGCGAGACAGGAGCGAGAAGCAGCCGUGGUGAGGGAGAGGGAGCAACAGGUGCUGCUCAGGAGGCAGAUGAGGAGACGAGAUAAAGAGAGGGAGAAGAUGGAGGGAGAAACAUACAGUAAACUUUGUGUCAUGCCUGGGGCAGAUCUACGCGCUACAAGUGAACAAAAGCGACAAUUGGCCAUGGACCUACAAGCCCAGGCGUUUGCAGCCCAGGCUAGUAAAGCAGCUGCCGCAGCUGCCUCUGCAGCUGACCUGCGGCAACAGCAGCUGCAAGAGAAGGUGGAGGACGACGCGCUGCGGGCUCUACAGGCCGAGACCAUCGCCCAUCUCAGGUGA